AGCAGCUGCGCACACUACCGUGCGGAUGGUCCUGUGACUUCAGCAUGGCGGUGUUUGCAGAUUUGGACCUGAGAGCGAGUUCCGACUUGAAGGCAUUGAGAGGGCUGGUGGAGAACGCUGCUCACCUUGGCUAUUCAGUUGUUGCUAUCAAUCAUGUCGUUGAAUUUAAGGAUAAGAAACAGGAAAUUGAAAAACCAGUAGCUGUUUCUGAACUCUUUACAACUUUGCCAAUCGUACAGGGAAAAUCAAGACCAAUAAAAAUUUUAACUAGACUAACAAUUAUUGUUUCGGAUCCAUCUCACUGCAAUGUUUUGAGAGCAACUUCUUCCAGGGUCCGGCUGUAUGAUAUUGUUGCCGUUUUUCCAAAGACAGAAAAACUUUUUCACGUUGCUUGUACACAUUUAGAUGUGGAUUUAGUCUGCAUAACUGUAACAGAGAAACUACCAUUUUACUUCAAAAGACCUCCUAUUAAUGUGGCAAUUGACCGAGGUGUGGGCUUUGAACUUGUCUACAGCCCCGCUAUCAAAGAUUCCACAAUGAGAAGGUACACAAUUUCCAAUGCUCUCAAUUUGAUGCAGGUCUGCAAAGGAAAGAAUGUAAUUCUAUCUAGUGCUGCAGAAAGGCCUUUAGAAAUAAGAGGCCCAUAUGAUGUGGCAAACUUAGGGUUGCUGUUUGGGCUGUCUGAAAGUGAUGCCAAGGCUGCUGUGUCCACCAACUGCCGAGCAGCCCUCCUCCAUGGAGAAACUAGGAAAACUGCUUUUGGAAUUAUUUCCACGGUGAAGAAACCUCGGCCAUCAGAAGGAGACGAUGAUUCUCUUCCAGCUUGCAAAAAGGCCAAGUACUGAUGGCUACUGCUGCUGCACCCACACACCAGGGGUCUGCUACUUCCUUAAGCUUGCUUCUGCCUGUACCCCACUUGGACUCACCAAAAGUUAGGUGCGUGUUUACACACAUCUGUUUAUGUCAUAUUUAGCAUUGUAAAAUUAUAUGUUAAUUAAAAAUUAUGGAAAAUGUUAAACUGUGAGAGGCAAAAAAAUAAUUCCCAGGAAAACUGAAGUUGAAUCCUUUGAAAGGUUUGAAAAGGAUGAGUCAUUAAAAAGAACUGCUGUCGGAGUAGGUGUGAGCAGAUUAACUAAAAUUUGAGAGAGAUCCAGUAAAAAUUCUGCACUUGGAUUGCUUCACUAGAGUCUUAAGUUCCUUAAAGAGACGAACUCAAGAAAGACAGCUUGGAUCUCCUGUCAUUGUAUCCAUACUCCCGAGAACAGGCUUUGACCUUUCUUUAAAAGAUUGGCAUGUGACUGUACGUUUAUAUAUUCUAAACUCAAAUGCUUAGGAGAUGUACAUUGAAUUUUUUUUGAUGCCCCACCUAAAUCUACUUUUAGCCAGCAGA